AAUAAACAUUUUUAGUAAAUAAGAUGUUUUUAUAAAUAUUGAGAAAACAUUUUGAAUACUAGAAUAGCUUUAACAGAAAAUCCUAUUAAAAGUGUACCAAGUGUAUUAGCGAUUCGUUUAUCGGUAUCUCUAUCAGAACUCUCGGAAGGAAAAGGAAGACUUGUAGUCAUCUUUGUCCUCUGUUACUACUGUCAUAUUGAUUAGUCCUGAUUAUGAGGAGACAGAGUAGGGGGACAUUACAAUAAGUACAAGCAGAAAAGUUCGCGUCGUAAGUUACAAACUAAAGAUAGAACGAAAAAGUUUAUGUCGUCAAAGAAAACGAGAACUUAUACUCCAUAAUCCGUCGAACGAAACAUUGAAUAUGAAAAUGUGUUCUGUGUAGGAAUAUGAAAUACCCCCUAUAGAGAAAGUUGCUUUCUUAAACGAAGAUUGGAAUUCAUAUGGGUUCUGAAUCGGUAUGAUAAAUAACCGUAAACAGAAACUGCAAAAAUGUUUUGCUUCGUUGGAAAAAAAAUUAUUAGUAAACGAAGCAAUGGUCCAUGUAAAAAAUGGACACUAUUAUAAAGCCAUGUGUUUAUACAAUAAAGCGUUGAAUCUUGAACCGAAUGAUAAUAAUGCACUGAUAGCACGAAGUAAAUGUCACCUUUUAUUAGGGCAGCCACAAAAAGCAUUGGAGGAUGCUCAAAAUGCAUUACAGCAUAAAAUGAAGAAUGCCAAUACAGCAAACGCAAUGUAUUGUAAAGCAGAAGCUUUGUAUCACCUUGGGGAUUAUGAAAUGAGCCUUGUAUAUUAUUAUCGUGGCAUGAGAAUCCGACCGGAAUACGGACAAUUUCGUCUUGGCGUUCAAAAAGCGAAGGACGCAAUACAAAACAUAUUGCACAAAAAUUAAGUAAUAUUAGCUGUGAAAUACUUACGUUUAUAUCUAAAAAUUAUAUUAUAUUUAUCACACAUACUUACAUCCUUAACCUAACUUUGUGGUAGUUAUAUUUACCCAUGUAUUUACAUUUACUUAUACGUGCAUAUAUGUGUGUAUUUUAUUCGUGUUUAUGGGUAUGAACGUAUGAAGUUCACGUGGGUGUAAGUUUCUUUGUUAUAAUUAUUGAAAUAAACAUUUUAAAACAUUUAA